AGAAUCUCCUGGAUGAUUUCUUGCUGACGUAUCCGGUCUUCAUGUCUACUGCUGAUCUCUGUCAGGCGAUCCUCGGCCAUUAUUAUAAGAGAGGCAAGAUGAAGGAAGAGGGGCGAGAGACCCUGCUGAGGAAACGGACGGUCCUUCACCUGUCCUCCCAGUGGAUCCUGCUGUGUCGAGACCGGCUUCAGGACGACGAGCAAACCAAACUCUUCAUGAAGACGCUGUCCCGGUACGUUCUGGACGACCUGUAUGAGUAUCCGUCUCUGGAGAAAGAGCUGAAGGAGCUCCAGAAACUUCUGCGCAUGAAACGCAGACAGUAG